AUGUGCAAUGCUGCAAUUGCGGAAGGACAGCAGCUCGACGAAUUCCCUGCACUGCCUACGACGGUCACACAUGAGCAGCGGUCACCCAUUGACAUCACCGAUGCGGCUAACCAGCUCGUCGACGAGCAAGUCGCCGCCUACAACGCCAAACUCAGGGUCUUCCGAACCUUCUGUGCACAUUUCAACGAGGCUGCCAAGGAAUUUACUACCGGGCCAGAACGCGACUUCGCUAAGCACUUCUCCAGUAGCUUCCUCGAAUUUUGGAAACAAGCUCUGACCAACACCAACUGCGCAUCUGCACCAACCUAUAGCAGCAUUGCCGCCAAUGCCAGUGCCUCUCCGACUCGAAUUGCCACGACAAACACUGCCCACCACCCACCACAAAAACCUGCUGCCACUCAUCGCCAAGGGCAACGACCACCGGUGCCCGCCCCACCUCGAGAAGACCUCCGGGUCUUCGUCCGCCUUGAAGCCGACGCUCCGGCCAGAAACCACAUCGGCUACGCCAUCCGAGCUCAUGUAGCCAGCAAGACGGGCCUUGAGCUCAAUCGAAUCCCGCAAGUCUUCCAAGUGAACACCGGAUGGGCCAUCCGUGCCGCAGACAAACCCACCCGCGAUCUGCUUGUAGAACGCCAAGCCGAUUGGGCCGAUGAUCUCGGGGCAACUGCCGUUGAGACAAGCCAAAGAUGGUACACCUAUGCCGUAGACAACUGCCCCCGAAGACUUACCGACCUUUACGGAAACGAACUGAACUACGAUGCUUCAGUCCGUGACGAAAUAAACAACCAGACGGGACUCACGCCGGUCAGCAUCCGAGUCCCUCGCCGUGACAACGAACGGCUUCCCUACAAGACACUCAUCAUCUCCUUCCUUGAACCGACAAAAAGACCUUGGAGCCUAUUUGGCACCAGCCGACUAGCCAGACAUAUCGAAAGAAGGAACCCUCCCAGGCAGUGCGAGAACUGCUGGGACUACCACACACGACAUGCGUGCAACAGACAAACACGAUGCAGACGCUGCGGGAAGACAAACCACGCCAGUGACAGCUGUACUGCCCCCGAGCAGUGUGCCAACUGCCUCGGACCACAUGCCGUGGACCUUGCGGCAUGCCCGGCUCGGCCAAAAAGAGCCCAUGGCCUGCUUCAUCGUCUCCCCAAAGAACAACGAGCAUUAAUCAGACAGACGGGAUCCCGCCUUUUCCAACAACACCAGGCUGCACAGCAGCGACAGCAAUCUCAGACGGAACCUAGCGGCCAGCCAGCAGCAGAGACCGUCGCAGAACAGCAACGUGCUCCAGUGGCAGUCAUGGAGUUCUACCGUCAUCGUCCCCGAUGCGCCCCAGGGCCGUGGAACUCGGACCGGAAACGGCGCCGAGACGCCCUCUGCCGACAUCACCUAAGCGGCGCCGUGCUAAUACCAACCCGUCCUCUCCAUGAGUCGGCGCCCAGGAUUCACAAUACCGAAAGGAAGACGCUAAAGGUCUUCCAAGCAAAUGUGGGCAAGAUCCCGCCGGCCCACGAUUGCGCCCUGGCACUGGCCGACUCCGAAAAGUAUGACAUCGUCCUUCUCCAAGAACCCUGGACAGAGGCAAAGAACUCAAGAUGCCUCACCAAGACUCACCCAGCCUACGACACCUACUCGCCCGUAGACAGCUGGGACAGCAAUGAUACGCGGCCGAGGGUCAUGACAUACAUCCGUAAGGACUCGCGCAUUCUCGCAGACCAGAAACGACCGACAGUCACCCGAGACAUCCUGUGGCUUACGGUGAACGGCGUCACUAUCGUCAACCUCUAUCGCCAACCGCACUAUGACGUCUCCCUGGACGCCCUGCUGCGGUGGUCGGCACCAGAAAGGACCCUUGUAGCUGGUGACUUCAAUGCUAAGCAUUAUUCCUGGCAAACCGGACGACUGGAGGGCCGUGGAGAGGAUAUUGCCACCUGGGCAGCGGAAAACGGCCUGAAUCUCUUGAAUACAGCGGACGUGCCGACAAACCCGCAUGGCAACACAAUCGACCUGGCUUUCUCCAACAUCGCUUUGGCAUCCGCGGUUGUAGAAGACCAUCUCGCCACGAGCUCUGACCACUUCACUCUAAGUGUCAUAUUUCCUGAUGUUAGCCUGAACCUCCCACAGGUGCCGGGCAAAGUGCGGGUAACGACUGAAGAGGAGCUGGAACGCUUCAAGGAACUCGUUGCCGCCGGAGCCUAUCGAGUACCAACGGACGUGGCAACAGCCUCGCAGCUUGAUACACUCGCCGCGGCGCUUGUUGACCUCCUCCAGUCAGCUGCCAGAGCAGCCGGUCGCCCCAUACGGAAAGGAACGCGAAGUGCGCCGUGGUGGACCGACGAGUGCGCCGAAGCCGCUGCGGGAUGCCGCGCCAUACGAAGAAUUCUCCCUUUGGGAUUCAGCCAGGAAGUCCAACUAGCAAGAAGAGAGUUCCAGCGUGUGGUCCGCCGAGCCAAGCGGCAGUACUGGCGCAACCUCAUCGACGGCUUCUCGGAUAGCGCAUCAGUCUACAAGGCAGUCCGAUGGCUCAAAUCACCAGGAGCCUUCCAACCCCCACCGCUCCAAAUUGGCGACGAUGUAUACGAAACCCAGCUGGAUAAAGCGAAUGCGCUGAGACGCAGCACUCUUGAACGCCGCACGGCAGCGGAUGACAUUACGGACCCAUGGAUCCCGGUCCGCCCAGUCCGGAAGAUACCUUUCGCCCAAGAAGUCACGCUGGAAGAAGCAGAGGAUGCUACGAUCAAGACGGGAAACACCUCGCCUGGAGCCGACAACAUCACGGUCAAGUUGCUGCAGGCAGUAUGGAACACCAUUGGGGGACACGUCUGUCGCCUCUAUCAGGGAUGUCUAACGGUUGGCCAUCACCCGAGAGCAUUUCGAGAAGCAGAAGUGGUCAUGAUCCCCAAGCCGGGAAAGAGAAAUCUGUCGUGCCCCAGGGCUUGGCGCCCAAUUUCUCUGCUCUCCUGUCUUGGGAAGGGCCUCGAGCGGCUGAUCGCCCGCCGCCUAGCGUGGGCAUCGAUUCAUUAUGCAGUCCUCCACCCACAGCAAGCCGGCGCGCUCCCGAAACGGUCGGCCGUCGACCUAGUCGCCGCGCUGAUUCAUGAUAUCGAAGAGGCAUUCGCACGCGGAGAGGUGGCCACACUGGUCACUGCAGACAUUCAGGGAGCUUUCGACACAACCAUGUGCAACAGGCUUGUCCUGAGGCUCCGUGAGCAAGGCUGGCCGGACAAUCUUGCGCGGUGGGCAGGCUCGUUCAUGAGCGGCCGCUCCGCCAGAGUCAGGUACCAAGACAUCACGACACCGACGACGCCAUUGCAGUGCGGUGUUCCACAGGGAUCGCCCGUGUCUCCGAUCUUGUUUUUGCUCUACACGGAACCGAUCUAUCGGCUAGGCAAUCCCGAAGGACGGUUCGGGUACGCGGAUGAUCCCGCCAUUCUCUGCACUGGACCAUCGCUGGAAGAAACAUCGCGAACAGCGUCGGAAUAUCUCCAAGAACUCGUGAACUGGGGCGCCGCCAACGGCAUUUCAUUCGACCCGAAGAAGACAGAAGUCAUGCACUUCUCACCGAGGAGGCGGGAAACAGAGCCACCUGUCCGCCAUGGUGACGCGGAGAAGCAACCAGAGGCAGCCAUGCGCUGGCUAGGCCUCUGGCUGGACAGGAAGUUGACAUUCAAGACACAUGUCGAGACGUGGACAGCCAAGGCCCAGGCGGUCGCCCACCACCUCCGAAGCCUAGGGAACACCCGACGCGGCGCCCUGCCGAGCGCUGUGCAGAGGGCCGUCAGAGCCUGUGUCGAGCCGAUACUGCUCUUUGGCGUGGAAGCCUGGUACCCAGGCACAACGUUGCCACGCUGGAGACAGCCGACGAAGGAAGGAACAUCCAGAAUCCAGCAGCUUGUGCGGAAAAUGAGCAAGGCCCUCAAGCAGGCCAUCCGAGCCAUCCUCCCAACCUGGAAGACCACACCGAUCGCUGUGUUGCACCGAGAAAGCGGCAGGCAUACCGCCGGUUCACCAGCUCCUGGAGGCAAGACGACUCUGCUUCUCAGCCCGCAUCAAGUCACUGGACCAGGCACACCCUCUGGCCAAGCGCACCACCGAGGCAGCGCCGCGGCCCAUCAUCAAGUGUAUCAAGUUGAAGUACCAGCUCCCGCCAAAGACCUUUCCAACCCGGUUGAGGAGGACGAACAGGCUGCUGGAGAAUUGCCAACGCCCCAAGAGUCCGCCAAAGACUUCGACCGAUGGCUCCAAACCAUCCCGCCGCUUAGUCUUAUCGUGUACUCUGACGGCUCUCUGUCCCCCAGCGGUGCCGCCGGAUACGGCUAUGUUGUUCAUCAAAACAGACGCUCUGUUUGCCAAGGCGCAGGACGCCUCGGCCCUGCGGAGGUGUUCGACGCUGAGGCUAAAGGAGCGCUGGAGGGCCUCAAAGCCGCUCUUAGGCUUCCCCAGUCUGCCACGCAACGAAUAGUGGUAUGCCUCGACAACAUCGCAGCUGCCAAAUGCCUCCGAGGCAAGCCACCAGACUCGUCGCAGAGGGUCUUCCUGACCUUUCAGGCCCUAGCAAAGACGCACCGAAAGACCGAAGUCCGCUGGAUACCCGGACACACCAAGAUUCCAGGAAAUGAACAAGCCGACAUCCUGGCGAAGACGGGAUGCGCCCAACCCGAACCCGCAGACGCAGUCCCAACACUGGCUUUCUUGCGAAAGACCGCCAGACAGCGGUCGAAGACCGUAGUGCAAGCCUGGUGGGAUGCUUCUGCACCCGACAAGUAUCAGAGACUGACCCUCAAGUUCCCUUCUAGCUGCCCUCCGGAGUUAGCUCUCCCACGAACAAUGCUUCACCACCUCCUCGCCGCGAGGACUCAUCACGGUGACUUUGCUGACUACCACGAAAGAUUCCAGCACAACGACGCGUGUGUUACAUCCGCGCUGUCGGAUGAGACUCGCACCCUCACCGACCGUGGCGAUCAACCAAGCACUAGGCAGAGAUUUCGACAAAUUCGUCAAGCUGGUGAAGGCAAGCUCUUUCUUCGAGAAGAUCUGCCCGCUCCGCUAGACGACAUUCUCUACCACAGCACUCCCGUGCUCCCUUUCCUUUGUUUCCUCUUCUUUGGCGGCGACAGGCGGAAGGUGGUGUCAACACCUUUUGUCCGCGCACGCAUCUCCUGGCUGCUACUGCAGCCCGCACCACAGACCGAGCCGGUCCAGUAG